AUGAAAAAAAUAAGACCAGACUCAGAGGAACCAGAGCCAGGGACGUCCAAACCAGCAAGACGACACCAAUGCUCCCACUGUAGAAAGGGUUGUAACCGGUUAUGGGACCUGAAACAACAUGAGAGAAUCCACACAGGGGAGAAGCCUUACCAUUGCUCCCAGUGUGGAAGGAGUUUUAGCCAUAAAGGAAACCUGAACCAACACGAGAGAAUACACACAGGGGAGAAGCCUUACCACUGCUCCCAGUGUGGAAAGCGGUUUAACCAGAAAGGACACCUGAAUGAACAUGAGAGAAUACACACAAGGGAGAAGCCUUACCACUGUUCUCAGUGUGGAAAGUGUUUUAACCGGUUAGGGGCCCUGAAUGAACAUGAGAGAAUACACACAGGGGAGAACCCUUACCACUGCUCCCAGUGUGGAAGGUGUUAUAGCCGUUUACGGACCCUGAAAAGACAUGAGAGAAUGCACACAGGGGAGAAGCCUUACCACUGCUCCCAGUGUGGAAGGAGUUUUUGCCAUAAAGGAAACCUGAACCAACAUGAGAGAAUACACACAGGGGAGAAGCCGUACCACUGCUACCAGUGUGGAAAGGGUUUCAACCGGCCUGCGGACCUGAAACGGCAUGAGAGAAUACACACAGGGGAGAAGCCUUACCACUGCUCCCAGUGUGGAAAGAGUUUUAGAGAGUCAGGAAACCUGAACGCUCAUGAGCGAAUACACACAGGGGAAAAGCCUUACCGCUGCUCCCAAUGUGGAAGGAGUUUCAACCAGCCGGGGGAGCUGAAAUGGCAUGAGAGAAUACACACAGGGGAGAAGCCUUACCAUUGCUCCCAAUGUGGAAAGUGUUUC